AUGCAUCUAAACGUUUGCCCAAGGCAGCUUAUGCGUCGAUCAUUCUUUUCCGAGGCUGGUUCAACCAUGCGCAGCUUUCGUCAUUGGGAUACGUGCAUGAAUAACAAAGUUUGCAAGAUAUUUGCAAUUACAGGGAUUGUUCUUGGAUCUUUAAUUACAAUAUGGAUCACAGGAUGUGUGCUUCGUUGCUUCAAACAUGGCGUGUCAGGUAUAAUCGAAUUUGCGUGUUGGCCAUGCACCGCAUGCAGGAGGCGUGGAAAAUAUAGAGAGGCGAAAGCCCAGACUAUAUCGCCGAUGAUAUUUACACCAGGGGCACCGAACAUGGUUUAUACGCCUAUGGUACAUCCGGAGCCAGCCCAUUAUCUUACGAAAGACCAAUACUAUAGCGAGCGUACGCAAGAUGGCUCGGAUGACGAAAAGUACUAUGAUAUGGCGGCACAAAAACAGAACAUGUCAUAUAAGGAUAACUAUCCUCGGCGAGUUCAUACGCCUAUUGUCUAUGAUGAAGAUGUAGAUCAUCGAGAGGAGUUGAUAUGGAGUACGCAGCGCGCUAGCCAAACUGGUAUUCCUUCACCAUAUGCCCCUUAUGGGGGCGCUGCUUGGGGACAACACCAGCAACACCAGGCUCCGUAUCCGAGCGAUUCAGCCACUAGUGGCCGAAAUGACCUUCAUUUGCACCAUCACUGA